CCCACCCUCCUCCUGGAGCCCCGGCUGCACCCACGUGUAUGGCUACGUGUUUGGCCACGUGGGUGUGGACCAUCCCGACCAUCUCCCAUCACAGCAGGUGCUGGACACAGGAGAGCAGUUGAUGGUCCCUGUGGAGGUCCUGGAGGUGCAGAACAACGGCGCCCUCUGGAAGUUCCUGCUGUCGGGAGCCAUGGCCGGGGCAGUUUCCCGCACAGGCACUGCGCCUCUGGACCGCGCCAAGGUGUACAUGCAGGUCUACUCCUCCAGGAACAACCUCCUGAACCUGCUCGGAGGGCUCAGGAGCAUGGUCCAGGAGGGGGGCGUGCACUCGCUGUGGAGGGGCAACGGCAUUAACGUGCUCAAGAUCGCACCUGAGUACGCCAUCAAGUUUGCAGUCUUCGAGCAGUGUAAGAACUACUUCUGCGGCGAGCACGGGUCUCCACCCUUCCAGGAGCGGCUGCUGGCCGGCUCUCUGGCUGUGGCCAUCUCCCAGACGCUCAUCAACCCCAUGGAGGUCCUCAAGACCAGGCUGACCCUGCGUCGGACCGGCCAGUACACGGGGUUGCUGCACUGCGGGAGGCAGAUUUGGAAGCGGGAGGGCGCCCAGGCCCUGUACCGCGGCUACCUGCCCAACAUGCUGGGCAUCAUUCCCUAUGCCUGCACCGACUUGGCCGUCUACGAGAUGCUCCACUGCUUAUGGCUGAAGUCAGGAAGGGAUAUGGAGGACCCCAGCAGCCUGGUCAAUCUGUCCUCUGUGACACUGUCAACAACCUGCGGACAAAUGGCCAGUUAUCCACUGACUUUGGUGCGCACGAGGAUGCAGGCUCAAGACACCGUGGAGGGCUCCAACCCCACCAUGAGUGGAGUCUUUCGGCAGAUCCUGGCGGAGCAGGGCUGGCGGGGGCUGUACCGAGGCAUGACUCCCACCUUACUGAAGGUGUUGCCAGCGGGUGGCAUCAGCUACAUGGUGUAUGAAGCCAUGAAGAAAACGCUGGGCGUGUAG